AUCAGGAUGGGUGGAUGAGGUAACAAUAACAGAAGCAUGUUUCAUCAUGUAUUGGCUUAUAACACCUAUGAACUGUUCACACAGCUAAUCAGCAGUAAUAGCAACCUGCUACCUACUGAACCAUUUUCAGUCAGCAGUGACUUGUAGGCAUUGCCGUAGAGGUGCCUUUUUAGGAAAGAUCUGAAGGAGAAUAAGGGGGUAGCCAUGUGGAUUUUGAAAAGGAAUCUUUCCCUUGUGUAUAGGUAAGCAUAAGAGAAAGUGUGAAGGAAGCAGAUAAGCAGGUGAUGAAGACUGGCAUCCUUGGCAGAGCAAAGGCAGGGGUUUACCUCAUAAUAGAACAGUUAAUUAGGUAGAUCUAAAUUAAGAAAGGCCAUAAAAAAAUCAAGGAAAAGUUUGUAUAGUAUUUGUUGCAGUGGAGGAGGGAGAGCCAAUGGAGGGACUCAAAGAGGGGAGUAACGUAGUUAGAGUGAUGAGCCAGGUAGAGUAUCUUAGCAAAAGUAAUUUGAACAGAAUUGCGGGGUUGCAGCAUCAAGGCCAAAGGGAGUAUCUAUUCUUAAGGUCCUGCACUCCAAAACAGCUGAUGCAGGUAGAGUGAGAGUCUGAAAGGUUGCUGGGUUGCAGACUUACUGUAUAAAAAUGGUUAUCUUGCUAUGGCUGUAAGGCUUCAAGCUGGGGAGAAAUGAAAAGCGAUUAUGCUUCUGCCAUUAUAUCAAUUAUGUGGUACAUUUUAAAACCCUCUUUUUGUCAUCCCAGUCACUGCAAAGCAUGUUAUCAAUUUACACCGUGGAAAAAUAAGUCCCUGCUGGGGACUUGCAACACACAUCUGAUUUCCCCUCAUGCCCUACUGUACAUCAUUUUAAAAUGUUCAUUGAAGCUUCGGUCCUGCAAAUGCACAGCACACAGAACUGUGAUUUCUUCAGUGGGAGUUUUGCACAUGAUGAUUUGCAAUAUGAGGUCCAAAAUUGUCAGCACUGAUAGGUCUGGUCUAUUAACUCUGUUCUGAUGCCAAUUACAGUGUAGUACAAUAGUAACACACCAAAUUCUCAUUCUAGGGCUGCUGAGCAUCCUGGCUACAUGGCGGGCAUCAGUGAGCAGUAAGAUAAAUAGUGAAGUGACAGCAAGGAGUGAUGGUCCUUAAAGAGUUUCUGGAUUUCAGUGACCCCUUCAAUACUGAAGUUAAGCCAAGAAUCCUACUUAUGGGACUGAGAAGAAGUGGGAAGUCUUCCAUUCAGAAAGUUGUCUUUCACAAAAUGUCUCCAAAUGAAACCCUUUUCUUGGAGAGCACUAACAAGAUCUGCAGAGAAGAUGUUUCCAACAGCUCCUUUGUUAACUUUCAGAUAUGGGACUUUCCUGGACAAAUUGACUUCUUUGACCCUACGUUUGACUAUGAGAUGAUUUUCAGAGGCACUGGAGCACUGAUAUUUGUCAUAGAUUCUCAGGAUGAUUAUAUGGAGGCCUUGGCUAGGUUGCAUCUCACCGUGACCAGAGCUUAUAAAGUGAAUCCAGACAUAAACUUUGAAAUCUUUAUUCAUAAAGUGGAUGGUUUGUCUGAUGAUCAUAAGAUUGAAACCCAAAGAGACAUUCACCAGAGGGCAAAUGAUGACCUUGCAGAUGCUGGAUUGGAGAAAAUUCACCUCAGCUUUUAUCUGACAAGCAUAUAUGAUCAUUCUAUAUUUGAAGCCUUUAGCAAAGUGGUACAGAAACUGAUUCCACAGCUCCCAACACUGGAAAACCUCCUUAACAUCUUUAUCUCAAAUUCUGGGAUUGAGAAAGCAUUUCUGUUUGAUGUAGUCAGUAAAAUUUAUAUUGCAACGGACAGUACUCCAGUGGAUAUGCAAACUUAUGAGCUCUGCUGUGAUAUGAUAGAUGUUGUUAUUGAUAUUUCUUGUAUCUAUGGGCUCAAAGAAGAUGGUGCGGGAACACCUUAUGACAAAGAAUCAACAGCAAUCAUAAAACUGAACAAUACAACUGUCCUUUAUCUAAAGGAGGUGACAAAAUUCCUUGCUCUUGUUUGCUUUGUAAGAGAAGAAAGCUUUGAGAGAAAAGGACUAAUAGACUACAACUUCCAUUGUUUUCGCAAGGCCAUACAUGAAGUAUUUGAAGUGAGAAUGAAAGUAGUAAGAUCUAGAAAACAUCAGAGCCAGAUGCAAAAAAAUAAAAGAGCCACCCCUAAUGGCACACCUAGAACACCACUGUAGCUGAAGUUCUAAUGGCAUUGUUGACAGCAAGGCUCUUGUUGCACUGACUGAAGGGGAAGAGAAAUGGGACUGAUAUAUUACAUGGAUUUUCCUCCCAACCCCUCAAAAAGGCACCAUUUAAACAUUUUUGUCCAGUCAAUUUUUUCAUAUACAGUGAGCACUUUGAGCAAAAUAUUGUAUAUAAACAUUGAGGUGAAUAUAUGUUCUUGUAAGAAUUCUCUUAAUAUAUGCUGUAAACUUUUUUCCAGACCAUGUUAAGAAAAAUCAGCUGUGACAGAAAUGUUGGGUACAUAAUUUGCACUUUUUUCGUGUUCUCCUCGUGGAGUUAAACUUUGCUAAACUUAGUUUUUUAUGCUGAUUUUCAUGCAUGGUGUCAGGUAAAAUAUAUAGUGUAGUUUAUAUACAUGCUACAAACAAAUUGUUUACUAAACAAUCAAGAAAACUUGAUACAAUUACUUUUUUAAAAUUUAUGACAGAAUACAUAACAUUCAUACAAAUCUAACUUCAUAUAUUUUUUUUCAAUUUGUAAGUUGAAGAAUUCUUAUUUUGAAGUAUGAUAGCAAUAAGAGCCUUACCAACUGGUAGGUAAAAAUUAGGUUUUGUAAAACAGGCCUUUGGCUAAACUCUACCCAAACUGCUCCAUAACACUGGUAAUGCCCUCUCAGUUGGGCUUUUUAUUAUAAUUUACCUCAACAUAUAUCUCUAAAAUAACUUUCUAUACAGCUAUUAUUUUGUAAUACUGCUUUAUGUUGCAUUGGUGUUUUUAUAACAUUUCAGGAACAGGGUGUGUAACUGAAGGAUUUUAUUUAUAUGCUUAGUUUGAGCCUCUACAGUUGGAGGAAGAAAAAGGUUGUAUUUCAUUUCUGCCAUACCAAUAUAAUAUAAAGUUUCAGGUAUAUUAAAGCAUUAGAGGAAAAUCCUAAAGUUGCUCAUGCUGGGGCCCAGUUAGACUUGCUUUACUUGGGUCAAAUCUCCCUUUGAUUUCAGAGGGAGUUCUUAAAUAAGGACUGAAGGAUUGGUCUCUUUUACUCUAAUCUACAUAGAUAUAGCUACUUUCUGUUUUAACACUGAUCACAACGGCAAAUCUGUUCUUGCAGCAAUUACGGCACUACUCACCCCAUAAAAGAGGGCAGGGAGAAGUAAAACAUGCCUUCUCAAUUCUGUAUUCAUUUUAUAGUUGUAGCUUAAAGAAUAGCUCUGCCAAAUGAAAGAGCACACAAGGGAGAGCAGCUCCUGUACCCACGCCUCCCUACAUAGGGCUUAUGUGCACAUAGUUCUAGAACAGCUGCAAGAGUUGACUGAAUAAUCUCGUAGCCAGAAAAGAUAAGGGAGAACCACUUUUGAAAGUUUCCUUUUUUAAAAAGUACACAUUCAGUUAAAACAAAUUAGGGUGACUAGAUGAGAGAUGUGAAAUAUUGGGACGCUGGGUGCCGGCAGAGCAAAAAAAACCCCCAAGAGCCGGUGGCGGAGGAAAAAACAAAAGCAAAAAGCAAAAAAAAAAAAAAAAAACAAGAGCCCCCGGAGCAUAGGAAAAA